UCGUGCCCUCCUCCUCCCCCUCGCCUCCGCCUCUCUCUCUCCCCCCUCGCCGCCACGGCGAACCCCUCGCCGCCGCCACCGCCACCGCCGAUCGGGCGGGAGGAGGCGUCGCCCGAUCCGAUGUCGGCCGCGGAGGAUCCCGCGAAGCCCCCGCCCCCACCCCCGCCGCAGCUCGAGGCGUCCGGAUCGGACCCCGACGACCCCCUCCUCCGCGACCGCGUCGUCGUCAUCGCCCCUCCCCCUCCCCCGCCACCACCACCACCACCACCAGCACCCGCCCCCGCCCUCCUCGCCCCCGCCGAGAACGCCUCCGCGGAAGCCGCCUUCGCCGUGCCGCCGGCGGCGAUCGCGGCGGUGGUGGAGGCGAACGGCAACUCGGAGAAGAAGAAGAAGAGGAAGACGGAUGAAGGGGAAGGGUGCAAGUCGUGCAGCUGCAAGAAAUCCAAGUGCCUUAAGCUUUAUUGUGUGUGUUUUGCAUCUGGAUCACAUUGUUCUGAAUCAUGUGGAUGUGAUCCAUGUUACAACAAAUCUAUUCAUGGUGUUCCACGGAGUACACCAGCCUUGCCUUUGAAAGCUGUUCAAACAUUAGAGACUGGUCAAGAUUCAGUGGAACAACUUAUAAGAUCCCCUAUGGACUUUGGUAGAAGAAAAUGCACUUGCAAAAAGUCAGGCUGCCUUAAGAAAUACUGUGACUGCUACCAGGGAGGAGCAGGAUGCUCCAUCAACUGUAAAUGUGAUGAUUGCAAGAACCCAUAUGGGAGAAAAGUUGGUGUUAUUUUGGAUGGUAAAAAUAUUCUUGCUGGACCAACACCAAAUGAAAGGAAUGGAACAGAAGCUGACUCAAGUGACGAUGAAGAAGAUGAUUAUUAUAUGAACCGACCACUCUCGCCUGUCUCCCCAUCUCCAGUAUCCAGAGAGUCUUCAUUCCAACAGGAGACUUUAGUUGGCGUCGAAGUCCAGACUAUGAAUGGGCAUCUAUACCCAAAACCGCUUACCCAAGUGCGGCCGGAAUCAUGGCAGCUCACUAGGAGGCCUACUGAGGAAGUGCGAGGAGAGGCAUGGCACUACUUGAGGAGGCCCAGUGAGGAUGGAACAUCCGAUGUUAUGGAAGGACAUGCUGACCCCAAGUUUCAGAGAGACAAUAAACAGCUGGAAAACCAUGUUGAUAGGUACAGCAUUCCGCGGUGCAUCGAGGUGAUGAACGCCAUGGCAGACCUCUCGCCGAUCGAGAAGUCGCUCGCACCGGACGUCUUCUUGGAUCCAAGCAAUCGGGAGAUUUUUCUUUCACUGACUGUAGAUAUUCGAACCAUGUGGCUGAAGCGUAAGAUGAAGAGCCUUGUGUAGAGAUACCAUGAAAAUUUUUCAUCCGCAUAAAACCUGUCAAGCAUGUGGUGUACUGUAGAUAUAUCUAGUUUUCAAGAGUUCUGAACCGAUGUAUCUAGUCCUAACUUGGCACAGGCUAUAUUGCAGCCAGCAACAAUAAAUUCAUAUGAUCUUCAGGCUUCAGCUAGAAAUUGAUUCUACUUAUUUCUGCUGCCUCAUUGGCUUAAAAGUUAUGUAUAUUUUUCUUCCUUCGAUA